UGGUGCCUGCUGCUCACACUGAAAACAUGAAGUUGGUUGUUUUUUGCCUUUUUGCAGUCUGCUGCACUUCUUUGGCCAGCACAACGGCAAACAGAAAAUUUGAGAGAAAAUUACAAGAAAUCCUGAGAUUGGUGGAUACAGUCAAAAAACAGCAGCACACUAAGCUGGAUCUGCACACCCCACCACAGAAUAUUGAGGACUGCUGCUGUCUGUCAGCCCUGAAAUGCUUCCAGGCCAAUAUGGGGGUGCACUUCAACAUUAGCGAAAAAUAUCAAGGCAAACUUUACAGCAGCCUCAAUCACACCCUCACUGUUAACGGUCUGACCUUGAACAAUUCAAGAAAUACUGAGUGCACCUGCGGAGACUGCGACUUGCACCCAAAGACCAAUGCCACAGUAUUUUUCAGCAGACUGAGGACUUUUAUUGAAAAGGGCCUAACCAGACUGGGGACGGUCUGAGGGAGCUGAAGAUCGUCUUGUGACCGAAGACUGAAUGUAGAGAGGACACUACACUGAAAAGAUGCUAAACAUGUUAUAGCCUUCUAAAUAUUUAACUUAUUUAAUAUUUAUUUAGAUAGUGGUGUUCAAACCACUCAAGCUUUGAUUGUAUUAUCAGGAAAGCUGCUUUGCCGCC